AUGGCGACCCAUGAUUCUCCCAACAUAAAUGAAACAUUACUUCAAAAGAUAUUGGAAUCUGUUGAUGGCCUGAAGAAAGAUCAAGAAUUAUUAGCUUCCAAGUUUGAUUUGUACCAAGCUCAGAAUAAUGAAGAACUGAAAAAACUUCAAGAAAAACUUGAUCCCGCGACACAUACUUCCAAAACAACCAUAAUUACAAGUAAAGUUGUAGAAAACGAAAUACAGCCGAAAGCAGGUCCAGUACCUAGUAUAAGUUCAACUGGAGAACCAAUAUAUAGUGACAGAGUAAUACUUACAACAUAUCCUGAUCAAUUUGGUAUCAAGCCUAUCUCUCUUAAAUGGGGUGAAUUGGAACCAAUCACUCGCGGUCCAAUUGUAGCUUCUCGUCAUCCUAAAAGUAUCAAGAUCCGUAAUGCUAUUGGCGCUUACGGAGGUUCAUAUUGUGUUUAUCGUGCCUUAGCAGUCGCUAUGAGAGCACUUGACCCAAAUCACCAACCUGACUUUAAAAAUACUGAACCUUCGGUAAAAAUAGGUCCUCAUCCACAAUGGGGAAGUCCAGAUAAAAUUGUCUCGUUGGAUCCCUUUGGUCAUCUUACAACGACGUGCUUUGCCAAUCAAAUUUCUCAAGGAAUUGAUAUUCGCCCAACUAUUGCCAUUACUAAAGCACAUAUGAAGCUGGCAGAAAUUGAAAAUCAUGUUAAAGAAGGAAAAUUAAAGGUCGAUGGCAAAGUUGUGUUAGAUGGAGGAGAGUUAAAUGUCGUAAAGGCAGCAGUUGAGCCUGUAUGGUUUUUGCCAGGUGUAGCUGCACGAUUUGGUAUUGAUGAAGGAUUAUUACGUCGAGCACUUUUUGAAGAUACUGGUGGAAUGUAUCCAGAAUUAAUUACACGGCCAGAUCUUAAAGUCUUUUUGCCUCCAAUUGGAGGUCUUUCAGUUUAUAUCUUUGGAAAUCCCAAAAAUGUAAGCGAUCCCUCCAAGAAAUUGACGGUGCGAGUACAUGAUGAAUGUAAUGGAUCCGAUGUGUUUGGAUCAGAUAUUUGUACUUGUCGUCCAUACUUGAUUUUCGGUAUGGAAGAAUGUUUGAAGGAAGCUCAAAAUGGCGGAUCCGGAGUUAUAGUCUACUUCCGUAAAGAAGGACGCGCUCUAGGUGAAGUCACGAAAUAUCUUGUGUAUAACGCCCGUAAACGUUCCGCGGAAGGGGAUACUGCCGAUAAUUACUUCCUGCGAACAGAAAUUGUUGCCGGUGUUAAAGACAUGAGGUUUCAAGCGUUGAUGCCCGACGUGUUGCAUUGGCUUGGUAUUACUAAGAUUGAUCGAAUGAUGUCAAUGUCAAAUAUGAAAUACGAGGCUAUCGUUGGUUCUGGAAUUGCUAUUCAUGAACGCGUACCAAUUCCCGAUGAGUUGAUUCCAUCAGAUUCCCGUGGUGGAAGAGUUCCUUCCAAAGAAGAUUUGUCAAAAGUUAAAGGGAGAGAAUGGGAUGAUAUUCAACAUUGA